CACUAGUAACGAGAGUAAAUUAUUGUCGACAGAUUUCGUGUUUGUUAGCAGCAUACAGUGAUUGUUUACAUCUAAGAUUGACAAAAUGGCACAAACAGUUAUUUCUGCAUUGUAUCCACCGCAUAUAGAUCCAACACGGACACCUCUGGCCUAUGGAGAUAGAGCACUUCCAAGACUGAAUAGGGAAUUGAAGGAUUCCACACUUUUGAUUCGCCAAAGAGCUGUGAUGUCAUUAUGUGACCAUUUACAUGAUCCUGAACACAUUGCAGAGGCUCUAAGAGUUGGAAUAGCAGAAAGCUUGAAAACUUUACUCACUGAUUCUGAUUUAACAGUCAGACAGAAAGCCACUGAAUGUUUAUAUGUAAUUGGAGGCCAUGCAAUAGGUAGAGAUGCCUUUUUGGAAAAUGGGAUCAUACCACCAGUGGCAAAAUUGUUUGAUGAUAAAGAAGACAUUGCCAGGAAGAAUGCACAUCAAGCAAUAGAAAUGAUAUCUGAAACACCUCCAGGGGCUGAAGGAAUUGUAGAAGCCAAUUUAGUUUCUAUUCUUGUGAAAAAAUUGUCUUCAGAGAAAGAUGAAAUUAAGAUUUUGAUUUUAGACACUCUGCAUUACUGUAUGAGAGUGAAUACCGUACAGGCGCUGGGCGCUGGAGCAAUGGAGACAUAUACAAAGCUUCUAGACCAUGCUUCUGAUGUGAUCAGAGCUAAAGCUGCCAGAGAUAUCAUGGAUCUUAGUGUUCCUCUGGAUGGUAAGAAUAAAGCUGUAGAAGUCAAAUCUGUUCCAUCCUUAGUCAGACUUCUUAAGGACAAAGAGCCAGAUGUGCGGGCAAAUGCAGCAGGUGCUCUCAUGAUGAUUACAAUAACAACAAAGGGUAAAUACACAGCAAUUAAUGAAGGAAAAGCCAUCCAGCCUCUGGUAGACUUAGUGGAUGAUCCUGUCAGUGAAGUCAGGCUAAAUGCAAUCAAGGCUCUAACUUGUUUGUCAGAGGCACCUGAAGGGAGAGCUGUAUUAUUGAAACAUGUAGAUAAGAUUAAGGCCCAUGAAACAGACUCCAUUCCUGCUGUUGUUAAAGCUGCCACUAUUGCUGUCCGAGUAAUCACAUGGAAGCCAUGAGAGACAAUUAUGACAUUUACAAAGUGUUGGGUGAAUGUGUCUACUGUAUGUAUGUGGAGUGAAUGUAUCAAGUAUGGAAUGAAUUGUUCAUUUAAAUCUGUGAUAUGUAAAUAGUUAUUUCAUCAUCUGUGUGCAAUCAUGAAUGUAUGAAAGUUAUCCUUCAAUGAUAAAUGUAUAAUUUCAUUUGACAAAAUUAAUGUUAUAUAAAUGUAUGUUCAGUAUCUACAGAAAAAUAUGAUAAUUGAAGAAUUUUCACUCUGGACUGAAUAUUUUUUACACAAAGAAAUGUGUUUAUCUCAAGUUUGUAACUUUAAUCCUGGUUAAUAUAGAAUGUUUAUUUCAAAUACAAUAUCUAUCUAUGAUAAUUUUAUUUUUAUUUGUAACUUUAAAACACUCUAAACAUUGCUUACUAUAACCCAUAGUUUUCUCUCUUGUAUUGUAAAUAAUAUAAAAGUAAAAUGUAGAUUAUUGAUUAACAAGAAAGUGUAAAUGAGCUCCAUUUCUUGUCCUAACAAUUAUAAAGAAUUUAACGUCCAUUAAAUUAAAAUACAGUCAAA